CACAUGCCGCCCCCCAUCACCGAACAACGGCCUACAAAUAUGUGCGUAGCUACCCUGUCCUGCACUUCCAUCAAGCUCCAUGGACUCCCCAAUCUCUAGCUCCGCUUCCCUUGCCGCUCCCAGGCUCCGGUGCUUCGACCCCUCUUCCUCCCCCAACCACAGCCCUCGCCACUUCUCCACCUCCUCCAGGAAUGGGUCUAUGGAAAAUUUGACCUACUCCGAGCCCAAAAUUGUCACUGGCGAAGCUGGUUACGUUCUCGAGGAUGUUCCACACUUCACCGAUUACAUACCUGACCUCCCUACAUAUCCGAAUCCAUUACAAGACAAUCCUGCCUAUUCGGUUGUUAAGCAGUAUUUUGUUAAUAUGGAUGAUACUGUUGCCCAAAAGAUUGUUGUUGAGAAGAAUAGUCCAAGAGGGACACAUUUUCGCCGUGCUGGACCUCGUCAAAAGGUGUAUUUUGAAUCAGAGGAAGUGCAUGCAUGCAUUGUAACAUGUGGUGGCCUAUGCCCUGGUCUGAAUACAGUGAUUAGGGAAAUAGUGUGUGGGUUAUACCACAUGUACGGUGUUCACAAAGUUCUUGGGAUAGAGGGAGGAUACAGAGGUUUUUAUGCCCGAAAUACAAUUCCUUUGACACCAAAAGUGGUGAAUGACAUCCAUAAACGUGGUGGCACAAUCCUUGGGACUUCACGAGGAGGCCAUGAUACCUUUAAAAUUGUUGACAGCAUUCAGGACCGGGGCAUUAAUCAGGUUUACAUAAUUGGAGGAGAUGGAACUCAGAAAGGGGCUUCAGUGAUUUUUGAGGAAAUUAGAAGGCGUGGCCUUAAAGUUGCAGUGGCAGGAAUACCAAAGACAAUCGAUAAUGACAUUCCGGUUAUAGACAAGUCCUUUGGUUUUGACACUGCUGUUGAGGAGGCUCAACGAGCUAUUAGUGCAGGCCAUAUUGAAUCAGAAAGCUUUGAGAAUGGUAUUGGUCUCGUCAAGUUAAUGGGCCGCUACAGUGGAUUCAUAGCAAUGUAUGCUACUCUUGCUAGCCGAGAUGUGGACUGUUGCUUGAUUCCAGAGUCACCCUUUUAUCUUGAAGGACCCGGUGGACUCUUUGAAUUCAUUGAGAAAAGACUCAAAGAACAUGGGCACAUGGUUAUAGUAAUAGCUGAGGGCGCAGGACAAGAGCUUGUUUCGGAAAGCUUGCGCACCACAGACCAGCAGGAUGCUUCCGGAAAUAAGCUACUCCAGGAUGUGGGUCUGUGUAUAUCUCAGAAGAUUAAGGAUCACUUCAAAAGGAAGAAGAUGGUUAUAAAUCUCAAAUAUAUAGAUCCCACUUACAUGAUCCGUGCCGUUCCGAGCAAUGCGUCUGAUAAUGUCUACUGCACCCUCCUUGCACACAGUGUCAUUCAUGGUACAAUGGCAGGGUAUACGGGCUUCAUAAGUGGCCCUGUUAAUGGGAGACAUGCUUACAUACCAUUCCACCGAGUGCUCAAGGAGAAACAGAACAAGGUUGUGAUAACUGACAGGAUGUGGGCAAGGUUACUGUCUUCAACCAAUCAGCCGAGCUUCUUGGACCAUAAAGAUGUCAUGGAGGAUGAUAAAGAGAAAGUAGGACAAACCCAACUAGUAAAUGGGAAGAGCCAUUUAGGAACAACAACAGCUAAGCCUAGAGACAUUGAGAACAGAGAGGAACCACCAACCCCUUUAGCAAAUGGGAUCAACCGUAUAGAAGCUACAAUUGCGAUGGAAAAAGACUAGCAGCAGCUCAGUCCAAUUUUAGCAGCUGCUAGUUUGGAGUUUCUGUGUUUCCGGGUUUUUGUUUCCUCUGGAAGAGCAUUUUGAUAAUAGUUAUACCAAGUGCACCCUGCCAUGGAUGGGGGCUACGUGUGCUUGUUCACACCAUACUGUCAGUCUGUCAUAAAGGACCAUUGUAAGUUAUUCUGAGCAGUGGUUCUGGUAGUAUUACUUUGAGAAUGUAUAAGAAUUUCCGGGCAUUUCAAGCACUA